AUGACCUUUGAAGAUGUGGCUGUGGAUUUCACAGAGGAAGAAUGGGCUCUGCUGGAUCCCACUCAGAGAGUGUUGUACAGGGAUGUCAUGAUGGAAAACUAUGAGCACCUGGCCUCCUUGGGUGAUGGAACAGAGGAGAAGAAGAAAUUUGCAUGCCCUGAAUGCGGGAAGAUCCUGAGCUCCAAGUACCACCUAAUUGAACACAGAAGAAUCCACAGUGGUGAGAAGCCCUUCGAGUGCCCUGAAUGUGGGAGAAAAUUCAUCUGGAAGAAUAAUUUAGCUCAACAUCUGAAAAUCCACCAAGGUGGCUUGAAAGAAAAACACUGGUGCCCCGACUGUGGGAAAGGCUUUCCAUGGAAAUCUCAGCUUCUGAACCACCAGAGAAUCCACACGGGAGUGAAACGUUUUGAAUGUACCAAGUGCGGGAAACAGUUCAGCGGGAGAGGAGGCCUUGUCAAACACCUGAAGACUUACACGGGAGAGAUACCAGUGAAUACGGAAAAAGUGGCCAAAGUUUCCUUGUUGAGACAAAUGCUCACUCAGCAUCAAGGGACAAGAUUGGUAGAGGAAGUUCUAGGACAGCCCAGUUAG